AUGAAGGUGGCUGUGGGCCCAGACCCUUCCCUGGUCUACAGGCCUGAGGUGGACCUGGAGGCAGCCAAGGACCAGGGCAGCUUCCGGAACUACACCUCCGGCCCACUCCUGGAUCGCGUCUUUGCCACCUACAAGCUCAUGCACACACACCAGACGGUGGACUUCGUCCGGAGGAAGCACGCCCAGUUCAGCAGCUUCUCCUACAAGAGAAUGACCGUCCUGGAGGCUGUGGACAUGCUGGACGGGCUGGUGGACGAGUCGGACCCCGAUGUGGACUUCCCCAACUCCUUCCACGCCUUCCAGACUGCCGAGGGCAUCCGGCAGGCCCACCCCGACAAGGACUGGUUCCACCUCGUGGGGCUCCUGCACGACCUGGGGAAGGUCCUGGCUCUGGCGGGGGAGCCCCAGUGGGCGGUCGUCGGCGACACCUUCCCCGUGGGCUGCCGGCCCCAGGCCUCUGUGGUUUUCAGAGACUCCACCUUCCAGGACAACCCCGACCUGCAGGACCCUCGAUACAGCUCGGAGCUCGGCAUGUACCAGCCGCACUGUGGGCUGGAGAACGUCCUCAUGUCCUGGGGCCACGAUGAGUACAUGUACCAGAUGAUGAAGUUCAACAACUUCUCCCUGCCCCCCGAGGCCUUCUACAUGAUCCGCUUCCACUCCUUCUAUCCGUGGCACACGGGGGGCGACUACCGGCAGCUGUGCAGCGAGCAGGACCUGGCCAUGCUGCCCUGGGUUCGGGAGUUCAACAAGUUUGACCUCUACACCAAGUGUCCCGACCUGCCGGACGUGGACCAGCUGCGGCCCUAUUACCAGGGCCUCAUUGACAAGUACUGUCCUGGGGUCCUGAGCUGGUGA